GUCAAGGAUACGCCGUUCAGUUAUUUGUUGUGCAACGUUGUUCCUGGCAACGACGAGUCAUCGAGCAGGAAGGACCUGUGCCGUGUGGAGAAUUUGAAUGCGGAAUCGAACCGAACAGAGCGAACGGAGCGAAAGGCUUUUUUCAGUGCCAGGCUCGAAUCGAGUGCUAGCGACAGGGAUAGCAACAUUAGCACCUGUCUAGAUCUAGAAACAUUUUUAUAUAUAUCCCACCGUACAUUAUCCGGCCGGUAGGCGGCAGCGCAGUCAGCGCCGACUGCGACGUCGACGUCGCUGCCUAGCUCACCUUACAUAGCCGCAAAUUCAAAUUUGAACUUCAGUCAAGUGUCAAAGCUCAAAGGAUUAGCAUGUCCUUGCAGCUGCAGCAUGUGUGAAACAGUGAAGCUCGCUCAAAACUACAAUUCUCAGAGCCAAAUCAUACACCAAGUUGUCAAAAACUAAAGAAAGCACGAGAGGAUCACCCGGAAAAGUGUAAUAUUGCUGCCGCAUUUGCAGAAAACAUCAAGAGUGCCAAUUAGCGAAAGAGGUUUUUCAAAAGGAAUAUGGCGCCGCAACAACAGAACUCCACAUUCAUCGAUGAUAAUAAUCUGGACAGCUGUCCAUCGCUGUUGGAUCUACCCGAAAGCCCCAUUCUUCCGCCGCGACGAUGUCAAAAUCAAGACACCAACAAUAAUAAUAAUAAGCAGGCUGCAUUCGAGGAGCGUUUGGUGGACGAUUCGGUGGGGGAGCCACCAUUAGCACCACCCGUAGCACCACCCGUGGCACCACCAAUGCCCAAAGCACCGGCAACUCGGCAAGCAUGCAAAAAUAAACACGGCAGGGAAAACGGAAACGUUGGCCAGGCCAGUCGACGCCACCGUUCCAUUUCCCUCUACGGCGUUAAUAGCACUGUGGAACAAGGCCACAAGGAAAUCCCCAUCUGGAUGGACGAUGGCGAGGCGCGUUACGUAUCGGGAGUGACGAAUAAAACGACCUGCGAUGACAUAAUCAAGGCCCUGAUUGAUGACGAACUGAACAAUGCUAAUAAUCCAAAAGAUGGCGGCCAGAGGAAUACGGCGGCAGCAUCGCGUGACUACGGCGAUUACAUUAUAACGGAAAGUUGGGGCGGCAUAGAGCGGAGCUACGAUGGCAACAUGGCCAUUUUGCCCGUUUGGCGCGCUUGGAGCCGUGUACACAAUGAGCUCCGCCUAUCGUUGAAACAUCGUGAUAACUUUAGAGAUCCUUUGGCCAUGCAACUAAUACCACAUACUCAAUCGACCAAUACUUUUUCGAUGAUCAAGUGGCUCAAAAAACUACUUCAUCUUAAGAAAGACAAGAAGGUUAUGCCAAAACCCACAAAAACUCCUCCCAAAGUGCCCAAUAAAUUGAAAGAAAGAUGUGUGCCAGACAAAAAGCGAUCGAUUCCGAAUGAUUUAGUACUGGUUAUAAUGCCAGAUCAGCUAUAUAGGGGCAAUGAAAAUGCCGCCAAAUCCAAGCUAUUUAAACUGGCCGAAAAUCGAGUUUCCAAGCAACGACGUCGAAGGCGAAGUCGUCAUGAAAUAACCAAAGCUUCAAUCGAAACAUUUAGAACAGCAAUUCCCAGCGAAUGUAACAACAAUUACUAUAAUAACGCUAAUAAUUGCAUAAAGAGGCGAAAGGAUAAACCGUUGCGUAACAGUGUUCGAAACAAAUUGGCAGCCCUUCAUGCCGAUAUGAAUUUCCGGUACGAAAAGGAAUAUGCACUAACUCGUCAGUUAUCGGAAAAGUGUCGACUAUAUCGAUUGCAAAACGAACGGUACAAAAGACCGGAAAUGGAGUUAUCGGUUGGGCAAUUGCAAGAAAACAUCGAAGCUUAUGCCGAGGACAUUAUUAAAACAGAACACGAACUCCUUGAACUGAAGAACGAGAUAAAACACGAUAUCUCACUUAUUAAUAAUUUAAAACGACUGACUUUGGAACAAACGGAGGCAGACACUGCCAGUAAAAGGGGCGUUGCAAAACUGCCUCAACCCUCACCAGAAAUUAAAAUUACCCCUCACGUUGCUAAAAGUUCGCAGGAAAUGCAGUUUGUUGAUAAUAUUUACGAGUUUUGCGAUAAUAAUGCCAGUAUGCUGGUUUAAUUGUAAAUAGUUGUAAUUUGUUAAGUUUUCUACCGAAUAAAUAUACAUUUUUUAUAAAAGCAAAAAUAUGA